AUGGUGAACAUUUCAGCUGAGCGCUUUUCCCCAAAGCGCUUGUCACCCUCCCACAUCAAAGCCAAAGUUGAGCCUCAUCUCCACUGGGCCGUUCCUAUGGAACAAGGCCAAUAUAAAGAUCCACGUUGGUCAAAUCCCGACUUGGAUCCCGUCAAACCAGAAGACCGUACUUGGGGUGCCGUGGACUAUUGGGCUUACUGGACCAGUGAUAUGCUCGCACCGCCUCUCGCUUCCACUGUAUCGUCAGUCAUGAGUCUGGGGUUCACUGCCCGUGAAACGAUUCCAAUUGUCUUUUGUGGAUUUGCAAUUUGUUCUGGAGCUCUGACCCUCACUGGAAAGAUGGGAGCUCGAUACUCCAUUCCGUUCCCGGUCUUGGUCCGCUCGAUGUUUGGCAUGUAUGGCAGCUACCCAGUCAUUGUUCUUCGAGCAUUCGUGGCAGCCAUGUGGACUGCCAUCCUUUGCGUUCAAGCUGGUGACUUCCUCAAUAAUUGCAUCACAGCGAUUUGGCCAAGUUUUGCAAACUUCCCCAAUCACCUGCCAGAGAGUGCUGGUAUUACAUCCGCAGGUCUUCUCUGCUUCUUUAUCUACUGGAUCUUCCAGACCAUUCUUGCUCUUAUGCCCAUCAAGAAACUUCGAAUUCUGUUCUUGCUCAAGGGUAUCAUCGUUCCUCCAACCUUCCUCGCAUUGUUCCUCUGGGGUGCGAUCGUAACAAAAGGAGGAGGUCCACUAGUGACUGGUCAUGCAAAGAUCACCUCUAGUUAUAUGAACACGGCAUACUCGGCUCUCACAGCUUUGAACGUCAUCAUUGGGUUGUUCAGCAGCAUGGCUGUAAACUUUCCCGAUUUCGCUCGCUUCUCAAAGAACAACUUGGCGGGAUAUAAUCAAUUUUUUGCCCUUCCGAUUAUCGGUACCCUUGGUGCUUUGACUCCAAUCUUUGUCACUUCCGCGCACAGCUACAUUUGGGGGGAGUUCGAGUGGUAUAUGCCAGCCGUGAUUGCAAAGUUCGACUCCCGAGCAGCCAAGUUCUUCACAGCUUUCAGCUUCAUGUUGGCGACCAUUGGCAAUCAGGUAGCUGCCGGGACCUAUCCCUUCUCCAACGACGUGUCAGGUCUCUAUCCAAAGUAUCUCAAUAUCUUCCGAGCGACCUUGAUCAUAUCAGUUUUCUGUGUCGUUUCAAAUCCCUGGCAGAUCAUCAGGAACGCCAGUGGACUGCUCGCAUUUCUCUCUGGAUACAGUAUGUUCAUGGGUGCUGUGUGUGGUGUUAUGUGUUGUCAAUACUACCUCAUCCUCAACAAGAAGCUCAACAUUCAUGAGCUGUAUAAUGGCCAUGGUAUCUACCGAUAUUGGCAUGGCGUCAACUGGAGGGCAUAUGCAGCCUUCUUUGUUGCAGUUGGCCCAUUGCUACCAGGCUUCUCCAAGAGUAUCGACAAUAAUCUGGACGUUGGUGGUGCCUGGAAGAUCUAUACCUUCUCCUGCCUUUAUGGCUUUACCAUCAGUGGCCUCGUGUAUUAUCUGAUUUGCAAAUAUGUUUCCGAUGUUGGGGUGGCAAAGAUCGACGAAGCUGUGUAUCCUCCGUCCAAAAUGGACAUAUCUGAUGUCGAGGUUGGCAUUCCAGACUCCGAGGAAGCAUCUCUGCAGGAAAAGGUUGGCGGGGUUGAGGUCAAGGUGGGAUCAAAGGAUCUGGAAGGUUGA